GGGUGUGCUCCGGGCCCGGCCAUGAGCGGCGCGGCGGAGGCGCGGGAGCUGGAGGAGCGGCUGCGGGAGGCGGCGGCGCUGGGGGACGUGGAGGAGGUGCGGCGGCUGCUGCGGGCGGGCGCGGACGUCAACGCCCGCAACGAGAUCAACGGCUGGACCUGUUUGCACUGGGCCUGUAAGCGGAACCAUGCGCAAGUGGUGUCCUGCCUGCUGGAUGCUGGAGCAGAUCCGCAGAUCCUCACGGCCAAAGGAGAGCUGGCUGCACAGCUGACUGCCAAACCACACAUCCGGAAGAUACUGGGAGUAGAGGAAGAAACUGAAUGUCAAGGAAUGAAGGAUUUCAAUUUGCCAAUUGUUGCGAACUACUUGGCCAGCCCUCCAUUCCCUUAUGCUUAUACUGAAGAAAGCAUUCCAGACAGCCCAGCAGAAUCCCAGAAUGAAAGCGCUUCCACCUCCUCUGCCUCUCAGUGUGAAACCAGCCCUUGUUCAUCAGCAGCUCAGGUUGAAAGCAUCUGCACCCCUACAUCCUGCAACAGCGAAGAUGACUUCCCUGCACAAGCUCCUGCAGAGCAUCUGACCACCUCGCCACCACCUCCAGCAGCCCUGGAGUGCCCCCAGCCAGUGGUGCCCAGUGUCGCCCAGCCAUUGGUACCCAGUGUUCCCAGGCCAGUGGUACCCAACAUCCCCCGGCCAGUGGUCCCCAAUGGCCCCGUCUGCCCAUCGCCUGCACUGGCAGCACUCGAACAGGCCAGACCUCUGCAAACCAACAGUGCACCCACUGGUCCUGCACCAUCAUUCCAGCCCUUUUUCUUUACUGGAACUUUUCCAUAUAACAUGCAAGAACUUGUGCUUAAGGUGAGAGUCCAGAACCUCAGAGACAACGACUUCAUUGAAAUUGAACUGGACAGACAAGAACUGACUUACCAAGAUCUGCUCAGAGUGAGCUGCUGUGAAUUGGGAGUUAAUCCAGAGCAAGUCGAGAAGAUCAGGAAAUUACCAAAUACGCUCGUAAGAAAGGACAAGGAUGUUGCCAGACUUCAGGACUUCCAAGAGCUGGAGUUAGUCCUUGUGAAAAGUGAUGGCUCUCCUUUCCGAAACACUGCAUCCUCUUUGAUGGAGAGGCCAUGCUACAACAGCAGAGCAUCAAAGCUGACGUACUGACUGUUCCAGUGCAGCUGGAGGAUGGAAACCUGGUAAUUCUCUGAUGCUGCUGCCUUUGGAAGGCAGUAAAUUAAGCGUGUGUAAAACCUUAAGUUAUUGUUAGGGUUACUAUUUUAACUAAUAAUUUAUCUUUUGUAUUUAAUAUCCCUUUUGCUUUUAUUUUUUUAUUGAUACUGGAUUCAGAUAGGGGAUACCUCAUUUGUCUACUAAAAUCACAUGCUUCCAAUGUCUUUCAGAGAGGUUUAUUGGUUGUAUUUGACAACAGAGGGCAGGAAAGACUUAAUAAUUAUUGCUGUGAAAAGUGUGUUUACUCCACUCUUUGACCAAAUAGGACUCAUGGAAAAGAUUCAGGAAACUCUCCGUGUGUGUGUGUAUAUAUAUAUAUUUUUUUCUUUAAACUUCCUGAUUAAGUUAAUCAUUGGAGGGUAUUUGGCAUAUAAUGAACAGGUGCUCUCUAUUGAUGUAAAACUUGAAAGUCUUUGUAUAUGUCAGCCAGUCUUUUGCCCCUUCCCAAAGCCUUGCUAAGGUAUGUUGUCUUGCCUGCUAGGGCUGGAAAUACUUAAUGCUCUGAAGUGACACAAGAAAUAAUUUCACUGGGCUGAAAAUAAGUGGAGAGAGUGUCACAUUUAAAUGUUUCUUUCCUAUAUUGUAGCUUAAGUGAUGGCGUCCUUCCACCUCCACAAAUACAGCAGCCUCCUUAAUGUUUAAUUAAGUCCCAAAGCAAGUUGAAGUGUGCAGUUGAAAGCCCUUCUGUUUGAGGAGCCAGGGAAGGGAUCACAAAUCUAUGUCCAUGGUUUUAAUUAUCUUCCCUGAGGAUGUACGGAGACUGUGCAUUACUCCAAAGCCAGUCCUGUUAAGUCAGGUAGCAUCCUUAUGGCCCACCCUCACAGACCAGUUACAGGGUGCGUGGUUAGUUUCUGCCCUGUGAGAAGCAGAAGCACAACAGUAUACUCUUGAGGUAUCACAGCUGUGAGGAGCAUGCCACACUCUUGAUUAGCCAUACUAAACCAUUAGCAAAUAACUAACCUGUAACUUUACAUGUUGCAGAGUCUACUAUCACUUUACAUAAUGUCCAUAGUUUUAGCUGGGUGAGUGCUGAAAAGGCUGAAUGCCUCCAGGUGCUUCCACCUCAUUUUGGGGGCUAGGGGGAAACAGAUUGUGGUUAAACUACAUUAAACUUAACUUAGACUUAAGCAAGUCAGUAAUGAAAACAUCCACCUGUAGUUUUAUGAAUGGCAGAAGUCAGCAUUAAAAAACACCUUGAAGUCACUCCCCCUUCUGUCUGAACAAAGUAUUUAAGUUGCAGCAUUGCAGGAGCAUUAAUGUGAAGCUUUUCCUGUUAACUUGGUAGCCUGCAAAGUUACACCUUAGGAAGCAUUUAGGGUUUUUCUUUUUGAUACCAAAAAACUAUCAUAAUGACCUUUGCAGCAGGCCCCUUAACUGGGUACUGAGGUGGGUGAAGGGAGUUUUGUUUUUCUGGAUAAGAGCUGAUGCUGCUUUUCUUUCCCCCCAGUAGUAUUGAUUUUCCUUCCAUCUCUGCUUUUUUAAGCUACACUAGAACAGUUUCUGCACAGCUGAUGCAGUGUUUGUUGUUGUUGAGCUGGAGUGAGGUGUUGAGAUUCAGACCAUCAAUAGUACAAUCAAGUGUGUUUUGGUAGAAGCAACAUGGUUAAGCAAGAGCUUUGCAAGAAGACCAUACACUUAACUCUAAGUUCAGCGCUGCAACUGUGGUACUUAGGCUUAUAAUUCUUAUUUAGUGCAAAGUAAUUAUCCUUUUGCACUGCUAACCCACCCAUUCUCAAUCUUGGCCCUCCUCUAGCCAGGGCCCAGUUGAACUCCUGGUGAGCUCAAGACUAUGAUACAGUAGUAAGUGUAAAAUUUCCUAACUCUGGCUCCUGCUGUUUUUCUUGUCGCACAGGAAAGGAGUUUUUAUUUUACCAAUUGUCUAUCUUUUCAGCACAACCUGGAGGCUAGUUUAGAUUAUGUGCAAUAACUGAAAAACAAGAGUAGUGACUCAAAGUUAAGAGUAACUAAUUCAUUUUCAGCUCCUUUGUUUAGGAAAUCAGUGUAAAGACUACUGACCAUUCACCUACAGGAGCAGCUGAUUUAAAAGCUUUACUUCCUCUAGCAUCCACCAAGAGUAACAGUUAAUGUGAUCAGACUAAAACUUUAAUCACGAUCUGACUGUAAUAACAGUAAGUCUAUGCAUUCAGAGAAAUAUUUUUGUAUGUUUUAUGCAGUUUGAUAAACUCUAAAGCACACUAGUGUUAUGUUAACUGUAUUUUGUUGUUGUUUUUUUCCUUUGAGUAAUAAACAACUGAAACUGAGUUUACAAAACUUACUGUUCUUCCAAGGACAACUUUGGUUUGCACUACAAACUUGUACUGACCUGCCAUUGCUACUCUUCACCUCUAUUAAAGUAGCAGUUGUUUAAA